UAUUAUACAAACCCCACUUUGCCGCGCCCCAUGUCGUUUUGGGAAGUCAUCGGCGGAGCACAAAAGGGUGGCCUCCUGGUUCGCGCUGAGAAGGACACCUCAUCUCAGCUUGCAGAGUCACGCUUGUCAACUGGCGCGCUGGUCCAGGAGCUAGCCAAGGAUGGUGACCGACUGCAGUACAAACUUUUGGAUGGUGACGGACCUUUGACUGGUUGGAUCAGCCUCACCACACAAGGGAGGCAGCUGGUUGUCCUUUCAGAAAAGGUUUGGAUUGCAUGUGGCGGCCUUGAGAAAGGCGGUUUGUUGGUGAGAGAAGGUAGUGAAUUGACGUCGAGCCUGAUGCCGGACCGAUUGGGGACCGGGGCUGUGGUCACUGAAUUGGAUCCCAUUGCUGAUGGGCGAUUGCACUACAAGCUGCUUUCAGGAAAUGGCCCUGCAACCGGUUGGGUAACUGUAGCAGCUCAAGGAAAAGAGCUGAUGAGACGAACCCAAGAAAGACCGUCGCCUUCUCCCGGUCUUCAGACUGACAGGAAGAUGUCAAAGAUCCGAAUCCUGGCCCUGGCAGGUAGCCUGACCUGUAAAGAGAUGAUCAAAUUCCAAUGCGGCCCUUUGGCGGCGGCUUUGGGCAAGGAUGUAGCAGAGUGGACUUUCGCAGAGGGCACCGUGGCUCAUCCCUUCGACGUCGCCUCCAAGAGCCUCACAGACUUUGAACGCCUUGUCGCUGGAAAGCGUCAACAAAUUUCAUCGUGGUACAUAGACAUCUACCACUGCGAGAAGGAGAGAAGCGUCACAGAGAAACAGUUUGACAAGGAGGUUGACGUGGAAUCUGUAGCGAUCAGCGAUAAGGUGGCCGAGUUGAGGCAAAGAGUUCAGGAGGAAGGGCCUUUUGACGUUGCCCUGGGAUUCUCACAAGGCUGCAUCAUGAUGCACUUCCUAAUGGGCCACCUUUGGCAAGAAGGAAUUGCACCACCCUGGAAGCUCAGCCUUUUCUUCGAAGGCCUGAAAUUCUGAUAUAUUCUCCUCAUUGCAUUCAUAAUUUGCGUUGACGUCGGUAGGAUCCUUGGAGCUGGGACUUUUUGGGAGGCAGCUUCAGUCAAGGCAAAGUGCCCAUGAAAGCAAAGGAAUUCAGCUAGGAUGCAACAUUGAUGACUGUCAGGAAUGCAUAUUCGAGAUCAUCGAUAUGCACAUCUUUUUGAGAAGCCCCUUGACCACCGAAGCAUCCACAUUAUUGGAAAGGCCUCGCCCUACUAUGCCUAUGCGCGGGAAGGGUGGUGCAGCAAAACCAAAGUGGAGGAUUACUACCUGAACCCGGUCGUGCUGACCCAUGAAGAAGGUCAUUGCUUCCCGACCAUGCAGCCACGUGCCAAAGAGAUCUAUGAAAUUCUGCGCAAAGAGAUCAAAGCUACUAUGGAAAACUAAUCAUCCACCGAAAAGCAGCUGUACAUGCUACAUACUGCCGGCGACGGCCCACCAGGAUCGUUGAAGCGUUUGGAAUUUGUCCCAUGUAUGCUUGAAACCGUUCCACAACCAUCCCAGCCCGCUGCAAUGGACCUCUCCUUGACGCCCAAGAUUGUGGAGUUUAGAUGUGGUGACUUUCCGCUUUGGCAUGGAAGGUGGCGAAUUACUCUGAAGCAAUGAAGCUUCUCCCACGAGUUCUGAGAUAUACUGUCUUGGAAUGCCAGUGAGAUUCAAA